UAUAUAAAUAAGAGACAAUUUUAUGGAAUUGCUUCAGUUCACAUGCGACUAUUAAAAUUGUAAGAUUCUCAGUUAGAAAGUGGAGUCCGCAUUUACUCUUCAGUCGCCAAAUAAAUAUUUAUAAUAAAAUGGCUUUCAUUCAGGACAAAAAGUUCAUCCAAAAGGCGACUAACGUGACCGAACAAAAUCAUCAUGUAAGCAGGACGAAGCGCGGAAAAAUGCUGGGCAAUGUGUUUAGAGGCUGCACGAUUUGGUUUACCGGACUUUCGGGCGCUGGAAAAACGUCCAUUUCGUUCGAAUUGGAAGAGUAUUUGGUAUCCAGAGGCAUUCCAGCUUACAGUUUGGAUGGUGAUAAUAUGAGAACUGGUUUGAAUAAGAAUCUAGGGUUCUCCAAAGAGGACAGAGAGGAGAAUAUCAGAAGAGUGGCUGAAGUUGGAAAACUUUUCGCUGAUGCAGGUUACAUUUGCCUGUGCAGCUUCGUAUCUCCGUUUUCCGAAGACAGAGAAAUGGCGAGAAAAAUCCACAGUCAAAGCAAUUUGCCGUUCUUUGAAGUCUUCGUGGACACGCCGAUUUCCGUAUGCGAGAAACGAGAUAUUAAAGGUCUCUACGAAAAAGCUAGGAAAGGUUUGAUUAAAGGAUUCACUGGAAUUGAUCAGGAAUACCAAAAACCAGAGGUUCCCGAUCUGGUCGUUAAAACAGUAGAUUCUUCAAUUAAUGAAUCUAUGAUGCACGUUGUUGAAAUGUUAGAAGAGAACGCAAUAAUACCAAAGCAGUCUUUAAAUAAUAUUGAAGUUAAGGAGUUGUUUGUACCAGCACAAGAUUUGCAAAAGGUUAAGGUAGAGGCGGAAAAUUUGGUGAAAUUGGAGAUCAAUGCAGUAGAUUUACAAUGGUUGCAAGUACUUAGCGAAGGCUGGGCUAGUCCUUUGAAAGGAUUUAUGCGCGAAGAUGAGUAUCUGCAAGUUCUCCAUUUCAAUUCAUCGACUACAAACAACGACUCGAUCAAUCAAAGCGUUCCCAUUAUUUUAACUAUUUCUACUGAAAACAAAGACAGACUUUGCCAAUCUACAUCAAUUACUUUAACGCACAAAGGUAGAAAUUACGCAAUUUUGAGAAACCCCGAGUUCUACCAUCAUAGGAAGGAGGAAAGAUGUGCUAGGCAAUUUGGAACUACAGACAAGGAUCAUCCUUACAUUAAAAUGAUUUACGAUAGCGGAGAUUGGAUCAUUGGAGGAGAUCUCGAAGUUUUGGAACGUAUUUAUUGGAACGAUGGAUUGGACCAAUACAGGUUAACCCCUUUGGAACUGAGACAACGUUUUAAAGAUAUGGAAGCUGACACCGUUUUUGCUUUCCAGUUGAGAAAUCCGAUUCACAAUGGACACGCACUUUUAAUGACUGAUACAAAGAAGCAACUUCAAAGAAAGGGAUACAGAAAACCAGUGCUACUAUUGCAUCCCUUGGGAGGUUGGACAAAGGAUGAUGACGUUCCGUUGCCUGUACGCAUGGAACAGCAUCAAGCUGUUUUGGAUGAUGGACUUUUGGAUGCUAAGAGCACCGUUUUGGCUAUAUUCCCGAGUCCCAUGAUGUACGCCGGACCAACAGAGGUGCAAUGGCAUGCCAAGUCGAGAAUGUGCGCUGGGGCCAAUUAUUAUAUUGUCGGACGUGAUCCGGCCGGAGUACCACACCCAUUGGGUUCUAAAGGUUCCGUCGAUGGAAACCUUUACGAAGCUACUCACGGAGGACGAGUAUUGAAAAUGGCACCAGGUUUAAAAUCUCUGGAAAUAAUACCAUUCAGAGUUGCUGCUUACGACAUGAAGAACCAAGAGAUGGCUUUCUUCGAUCCAUCAAGAAAAGAAGAUUUCGAUUUCAUCUCAGGAACCAGGAUGAGAGGUUUGGCUAGAUCCGGAGAAAAUCCACCUCAUGGAUUCAUGUCUCCGAAAGCCUGGAAAAUAUUGUCCAGCUACUACCAGAACUUACGAAAGUGAUAUGUGUAAAGAGGAAAAAAAAAAGAGAUAUAUACCAUGUAUAUUUAAUAUAAAUAUAGGACG